AUGGCAAAAUCAACCCGCAUGAGCCAAAUCUUCACCUCAUCGUCAGACGGGCGCGCCAAUACCACCGUCGUAACAGCAACGCCGCCUUACUCCAGUGAAGGCCCUACACUCCCCGUCAUUGGACCCUCCAACAACCAAAUCCUCCCCGCACAGAAAAUCACCCAAGUCACGCAACCCAGCAAAAAGCGCAAAACGCAUGAUCAGCGCGGACCUCGACCUCGACCCCAGCCACCGCAUACCCUGCACCCCGCACUGUACACGCCGUGGACACUGCUUCCUCGUGAGAUCCUCGAUGUACUUGAGACACAAGCGCGGAUACGCACCGCCCAGAUCAACACCAAUGUUGUCCCUGUAGUCUUUAGCAAGAACCAAAAUAUCAAAGCGGGAAUUAACAAAUUGAAGACGCUACUGGGGGCGUACAAGGAUCCCAAAGCAGGAAUUGAAGUACCAAAGCCGUUGAAAGAUGGGGGUGGGGAUGCAAUGAUAGCUGUCAGUGCGCAAGGGGAUGGGACGGGGAAGUUGGUGGGGAUUGUGGAGAUGGUCAGGCGGGUUGUUGCGCCUGUGACGGGGCAGGGUGGUGGGGAGGAAGUGCAGACGUGGUGGAUGUACACUGUAUUGUCGAGUAUAGAAGUCGAGUGGAAACCCAAAGAAAAGAAAGAGGGUACGGGGAGUGAAGUUGCUGAGGAAGAGAAAGACGAUAAUGGCGAGGAGGAAGCGUUCGAGAGUAUGGAUGUCGACAAGGAAGAGAAUACAAAGGCCAAGAAGCUCAGGAAGGUUCCUAUACUGACGGUUUGGAUGACGAGGAAGAAGAUACCAGCAUUUGCCAAGGAGUUUGGGGAACAGAGCUUCAUCGUUCAGAAGAUGAAAGAGGAGAAUUGA